CUUCUCGUACAUAUCUUAGCGACCAUCGGCCGUCCCGGCAUGGUCACAAUGGCUCACGCACUGAGCAUUGUGGUUGCUGGAGCUUCGAUAGCAGCAUGCGCAACCAACUCCACGUACUUUAAGAACAUCCUCCUCUCACUCGUGCGCGCAACCGGAUAUGGCGCACCAGGAGGACUAUGGCGUAUCGCAGCAAUCAUCCUUGCGCUGGCGAAUUUGAAGACCUUACCUUUCGUAUGGCACAUACGCAUCUUCCGCGCAAUGAUCUACCACAUCUACUUCCAACCGACCGCAAUUCCACCUCACGCGCUCUUCCAACCCGUAAUAACGUCCACCCAUACCUCGCUCCUCGAAACAGAUUACAACAUGCACAAAUCCAACAGCACCUACUUCAGUGACAUGGACAUUAGCCGGACACACCUGUUUACGGCAAUAAUCCGCAACGGCAUCAAGAAGAACUCUCGCUUGGGUGGCAACAAGAAAUCCCAACUCGACGGCGCGAUAGGUGCCACGGACGGCACGCGCGGAAGCCAUAUCAUAGCGUUGGGGGGCAUAUGUUGUAAUUUCAAGAAGGAAAUCUUACCGUACAGGAAAUACGAGAUGUGGACACGCUUGCUGUGCUGGGACAGGAAGUGGUUCUUCCUGAUUACGCAUUUGGUGAAGCCGGGCGUUGGGAAGCCGGAGAGCUGGACACUGCAGCCGUGGCGGAAACCGAGGAGGUCAAGCAAAGAUGCUACUGAAGAGGAACUGUUAAAGAGUGUGUACGCGACGGGGAUUGCCAAGUAUGUCAUCAAGAGGGGCAGGAUUACGGUGCCGCCUGAGCAGGCGCUUAUCGAUGCGGAUAUGAUACCUGCGAAGCCGGAGGGCUGGGUAUGGCAAGGCGCUGAGCAGAACGGCGAUGCGAAUCGUCAUGUGGAAGGCGUACUGCCAAAGCCUGUCGAGGGCACAGAGUGGAAUUGGGACAUUAUCGAGGCCGAGAGGCUGAGAGGGCUGAAGGUUGCAGAGAAAUUCGCAGAGAUGGAUGGCAUGCAUGGCUUCUUCGACGGCGGCAAGAACGGUGUACUAGGCGAGUAUCCGGACCUUUUGUUCUAGAAGAUGGAGACACCAGUAGACACAUUGUAGAGACUAGAUCACACAUAGAGAGUUACCAUUGCGGAGAGAUGAACUGUUGUGGUUUCAAGAUAUAGUCGCUGUAUUGAUACAGAAGCUAAUCAUGCGAUGCAGGCUGUAAUGAUAAUGUA